CUCCAAACUUUGAUGUAAAUGCACCCAGUGUCAACUUGAAAAGUCCUAAAGCAGAUCUAGACAUGAAUCUUCCAGAUUUAUCUGGGAAAUUUAAAAAGCCAAACUUAAAGUUACCUGACCUAGGUGUUUCUGGUCCAGAGUUGGAUGGCCCUAACCUGGACCUAAAAACACCUGAUUUUGAUUUUUCUGCUCCCAAACUCAGUGGUGGAAUACAUACGCCUGACAUUAAUAUGCCCAAGUUUGAUCUUAAAACCCCAAAACUUGACCUCAAUACCCCAAAGGUCAAUUUAGACAUGCCAUCUGGCAAACUCAAAAUGCCAGAACUUCAUGCUCCAGACUGGAAUGUGAAGGCUCCCUCGGGCAAACUCAAAAUGCCUAAAAUGAAUCUUUCAGGUGCAUCUAAGUUAGAUGUAAACACUCCAGAUGUCAGUUUUGGUUCUCCAAAAGCUAAAUUAAAAAUGCCAAACAUUAAUAUGCCAAGCCUAAAAGGACCUGAAAUUGAUGGCCCAGACAACGACUUUGAUUUGCCAAAUGUCAACAUGAAAAGUUCCAAAACUGGUUUUGAAUUACCCGAUGCUGACUUUGGCAGCCCAUCAAGGAAACUUAAAAUGCCAACUAUGAAAAUACCCAAUAUUGGGUUUUCAGAUCCAAAUUUAGGUGGCCCAGAUCUUGAUCUCAAUUCACCACAUCUGAAUGCUACAUUACCAAAAGGGUCUAAUUUGACAUUAAAUCCAGACCUAAAUAGUCCGGAUCUCAAUCUCAAACUUCCAAAGAACAAAGCUAGACUUGAUUUUCCCAAUGUGCAUUUACCAAAGACGAACGUGAAAGGUUCAAAACCUGGUUUUGAAGUUCCAGAUGUUGAUUUUGGCACUCCAUCAGGGAAAUCAAAAAUGUCACAUAUGAAAAUACCUGAUGUAGGAUUUUCUGGUCCAAUGAUAGAUAUCACAAACCCUAGUCUCAAUUCACCAAAACUUAAUGCCAAACUACCAAAGGGACCAAAUCGGAAAAUAAAUUCAGAUCUAAAUGCUCCAGAUUUGAAUGUUAAAACUUCAAAGACAAAGGGUGGGCUCACUGUUACCAAGCAUGGCACACCAGACAUAAACCUCAAAGCUCCAGAGUUGGCUAUGAAAAUGGUAGAUGCCAAUAUCCACAUCCCAAAUUUGAAUGUUGGAAGUCCAAAAGAACCACGAUCAAGGCUGAAAGGUCCUGAAGUAGGUCUGCCAGAUCCAUCUCGUGCAAGGGUUCUGGCUGAGGAGAGCAGGCUGGAGGCUGGGACCAGGAGGGGGCGGAACCAAAAAACUCAGCCUCGCCGGGCUGAAUGCGAGGAGCUGGAAAUACAGGUGAUGUGGGUGGAAGAGCAGCGGACCGGUUCCGAUUGCGUCUUCUCUUUCCCUUUUGGCGGCGAUGUGGGUGGUGUACCGGGGCGAACCAGAGUUCGUCCUCUGACUCGGCAUCCUCCCCAGACGUCCACCCAGAGCAGACUGGUGAGUAGGAGGGACUGA